UAGAAGCAGCUCCUCUGAGACAUUAUCUCUACACCAUGCUGGAAGGCACUGACCCCAACCAGGGCAGGUUAAAGUUUACUGUAGUGAGUGAGCCCAUGAAUGAACAGGAAGAAUGUGAAGAUGUUGGCCGUGCCUUUCUGGAUUUACGACAGCUUCUCCUGACUGGAAAUGAUGUCAUUGAACAAGAAAUUGAUGUUGUCAGUGUGGAUGAAGAACAGGAAGUGGUGGGAAAGUUGAAAGUAUCUGUAGAGGCAGCGCAGGCGCUGAAUGUAAUCUAUCAGGAAUAUCAUCAGACUGAGACCAGUGACAGAAGUGCACAGACAAACAGCACAGAGGAUGAGGAAGUAGAAAAAAUUAGAAAUACUCAGUUACAUGUGCUUGAUUUUGAUGAUGACGACAGCGACUUAUAAUUUAAAAUGUUUUAACUCAUUGAUUACAGUGUAUGUGGUGGCCUGCUAAUUUUGUCAAGCAACAGCAAAAAAAUCCACUCAUUCACUUUAUUCAGGGGUUAUGCUCCUGUACCAGCAUCAUGACUUUCAAACUGAUCAUAUUAGGGUUAAUUAACAUGUAAAGGAUCUAUGAAUCUAAAUUUCUGGGGGAGAUAAAUGAAAUUCAUAAGUACAGACAUGCAUCUGUGCUGUAUUUCAUUUCUUUCGUAUAGACCAUUUUCAAGAUGUAAACAACAUUGGUCCAGAAGCACUUCCUGUUGUUUUUAAGUUUUUUUUGUUCACAUUUAUGUAACAUUUAUUUAUUCAGUUUAACAUUUUCUGUUGGUUGUAUUUUGUUC